AUGCAGAAGUCACCCGUGGAAGAUGCCAACUUCCUCUCCAGGUUUUUCUUUUGGUGGACAUCACCGCUGCUUCGGAAGGGCUUUAGGAAGAGGUUGGACCUCUCUGACGUUUAUAAAGCACCUUCGUACGAUCUUGCCGGGAACCUCUCGGAGAGGCUCGAAAGAGAAUGGGAUCGAGAAGUGGUUUCUGCCAAGAAAAAACCCAGAUUGAUGCGAGCACUGGCACGAUGCUUCAUCUGCCCCUUUGCCUUUUUCGGGAUCCUCCUCUACCUCGGGGAGGCCUCCAAGGCGGUGCAACCGCAGCUUCUGGGCCGCAUCAUCGCCUCCUUCGACCCCUUCCAUGCACCGGAGCGCGGCCAAGGUUACUUCCUGGCAUUGGGCCUCUGCCUGCUCUUCACCGCACGCUUCCUACUGUUGCAGCCGGCGAUAUUUGGACUGCAUCACCUGGGCAUGCAGAUUCGUAUUGCACUCUUCAGCCUCAUCUACAAAAAGACCCUGAAGCUUUCCAGUCGGGUGUUGGACAAAAUUAGCACGGGUCAGCUCGUGAGUCUGAUGUCAGCCCACCUUAACAAACUGGAUGAGAGCCUGGCCCUGGCGCACUUUGUGUGGAUUACGCCUCUGCAGUGCAUCCUGUGCGUGGGUUUGAUUUGGGAACUGAUCGAGGUAUAUGGCUUCUGCGCACUUGCGUCCCUCACUCUGCUCGGCAUUGUCCAGGCCUGUCUCGCACAAAAGAUGGGACCUCACCGGGUUAAGCGAGCGGGCAUGAUCAAUCGCCGCCUCGCACUCACGUCAGAGAUUGUAGAGAACAUCCAUUCGGUGAAGGCAUAUGGUUGGGAGGAAGUGAUGGAGACCAUCAUCAAGAACAUCAGACAAGAUGAAGUAACGCUGACGAGGAAGAUAGGCUCUCUGCGUUACUUCUACAGCGCCGCCUACUUCUUCUCCGCCAUCUUGGUGAUCGUGUCCGCCAUCGUGCCACACGCGCUCGGCACAGGUAUCAUCCUGCGCAGGAUCUUCACAACUGCAUCAUACUGCAUGGUGCUCCGCAUGACUCUUACACGCCAGCUGCCUGGUUCCAUCCAGAUGUGGUACGACACGCUGGCCCUGGUCAACAAGAUAGAGGAUUUCUUAUUGAAGGAAGAGUAUCGCGUUCUGGAGUACAAUCUGACCACAACUGAGCUGGAACUCAUCAACGUCUCUGCUUCCUGGGAUGAGGGCAUUGUGGAGCUUUUUGAGAAAAUCAAACAGGAGAGCAAAGCAAGCGGUCAUGCCAAUGGCGGCCUGUUUUUCACCAACCUUUACGUGACGCCCGUGCUGAAGAACAUCAGCCUCUACCUGGAGAAAGGAAAGAUGUUGGCAGUGGCUGGAUCGACAGGCUCCGGAAAGAGUUCCCUCCUCAUGUUGAUCCUAGGAGAGCUGAUGCCAUCCGAGGGAAAAAUCCGGCACAGUGGCCGCAUUUCCUUCUCCUCGCAGACCUCCUGGAUCAUGCCAGGCACCAUCCGCGACAACAUCCUGUUUGGUCUCACCUACGAUGAAUACCGAUACACAUCUGUCAUCAAGGCCUGCCAGCUCGAGGAAGACUUUGCAUUGUUGCCUGAAAAAGACAAGACGCUGCUCGGCGAAGGAGGCGUGACACUCAGCGGCGGUCAGAGGGCCCGUCUGGGCUUGGCCAGGGCAGUGUACAAAGACGCAGACCUAUACCUGCUAGACGCACCUUUCACACACUUGGACAUUGUGACUGAAAAAGAGAUCUUUGAGAAAUGUGUGUGCAAUCUGAUGUCGUCCAAAACCCGCAUUGUGGUGACUAGCAAGCUAGAACACCUGAAGCGCGCCGAUCAGAUCCUGCUGCUCCACAACGGAGACUGCUUCUUUUACGGCAGUUUCUCCGAGCUCCAGGCACAACGGCCUGAUUUCAGUUCACUGCUGCUGGGCAUGGAAGCGUAUGAUAAUGUCAACGCCGAGCGUCGGGGUUCCAUCCUCACCGAAACCCUCCGUAGGGUCUCCGUGGACGAAAGCGCCGGUUUUCGAGGACCCGAACCCGGGCGACAGUCCUUUCGCCACCCGCCGCCUCCACCCAUCAUCAACGGGCCCCAAAACGGUGGUGAUGGCUACCCGGAAAAACGCAAGCAGUCACUCAUCCUUAACCCGCUGGCUGCCGCCCGUAAGUUCUCCUUUAUCGGACAGCAAAACGCCAACGGGGCGCCCCCCACGAAUAUGGAGGACGCCGUGCGGGAGCUCUCGGAGAGAAAGUUCUCCAUGGUACCUGAGGAUGACCAGGUGGAGGAAGUGCUUCCCCGGGGGAAUAUCUACCACCACGACUUGCCCCACCUGAGCGGACAGCGCCGCCAGUCCGUGCUAGCAUUCAUUACCGGUGCCCCGGCCCACGAGCGGCACGAGCAGAUGCAGACAACAUUCCGAAAAAAACUCUCCAUUACGCCAUCCCACAUCGACCUCCCGUCUGACCUUGACAUCUACGCACGACGCCUGUCUAAGGACAGUGUCUAUGAUAUCAGCGAAGAGGUGGACGAGGAAGACAUGGAGCAAUGUUUUGCGGACGAGCGCGAGAACGUAUUUGAGACGACGUCGUGGAGCACAUACCUGCGCUACGUCACCACCAACAGGAGUUUAGUCUAUGUCCUUAUUUUCAUCUUCCUGGUCUUUGUCAUUGAGGUAAUUGUAUUCCUAAUCAUUAUUUACACAUUCAAUGGCCUAAACCCCAACUCGCCCAAUUACAUCAACGAGCAGCACCCCAAUGCCUCGUCACCACCCACUCACCUGGCAGUGAUCGUGACGCCCACCAGUGCCUACUAUAUCAUCUAUAUCUACGUGGCCACUUCAGAGAGUGUUCUAGCUCUGGGCUUCUUCAGGGGACUACCGCUGGUUCACACUUUGCUCACAGUCUCCAAGAGGUUGCAUGAACAGAUGCUCAGUUCAGUGCUGCGGGCCCCUAUGGCACUGCUCAACACCAUGAAGACAGGCCGCAUUAUGAACAGAUUCACAAAGGACAUGGCCACCAUUGACGACAUGCUACCACUGGUGCUCUUUGAUCUCAUACAGUUGUCAGUGAUCGUCUUGGGCGCCAUCUUCACAGUGUCCAUCAUCCGCCCAUACAUCUUCAUCGCCGCCAUCCCGCUGGCCGUAAUUUUCGUCAUCCUUAGAAAGUAUUUCCUGAGGACGGGACAGCAACUCAAGCUGCUGGAAGCUGAAGCUCGCAGUACCAUCUUCUCGCACGUCAUCAUCUCGCUGAGGGGUCUGUGGACCAUUCGGGCAUUUGGACGCCAGACGUACUUCGAAAUGCUCUUCCACAAGGCGCUUAACACUCACACGGCCGCAUGGUUUCACUACCUGGCCACGCUGCGCUGGUUCCUUUUCCGCUGCGACGUCAUCUUUGUGCUUUUUUUCACCGCUGCCGCCUUCAUCGCUGUAGGCACCAACCAGGACAAACCGGGUGAAAUUGGCAUCAUUGUGGCGCUCGCCAUGCUGAUCCUCGGAACGUUCCAGUGGGCCGUCAUCACCAGCAUCACCGUGGACGGUCUGAUGCGUUCAGUAGAUCGAGUGUUUAAGUUCAUCGACCUGCCGUCAGAGGAAGCGUCGGCGAGCAAAGGAGGGAAACCGGGAAGUGACCUGGUUAUCGACAACCCGCACGCUCAAGACUAUUGGCCUAACCGAGGUCAAAUGGAUGUGAAGGGCCUGACCGUCAAGUACACGGAGGCCGGACGCACCAUCCUCAGCGAUAUCAGCUUCUCUGUGGAAGGCGGACACAGCGUCGGUCUUCUCGGCCGUACGGGUUCUGGUAAAAGUACCUUGCUGUCAGCUCUUUUGCGUCUGGCGUCUACCGAUGGGGACAUCUGCGUGGACGGCAUCUCUUGGAACUCUGUGUCGCUUCACACCUGGAGGAAGGCCUUUGGCGUAGUGCCACAGAAAGUUUUCAUCCUAACCGGAACGUUUCGGAUGAACUUGGAUCCUUACGGCCGCUACAGUGACGAUGAGCUGUGGAGGGUCGCCGAUGAGGUGGGCUUGAAGUCAGUGAUCGAGCAGUUCCCCGACAAGUUAGACUUCCAGUUGGAAGACGGCGGCAAUGUUCUGAGCAACGGACACAAGCAGCUCAUGUGUCUGGCUCGCUCCAUCCUCAGCAAAGCUCGCAUCCUGCUGCUGGACGAACCCUCGUCCUACCUCGACCCCAUAACGCUGCAAGUUCUGAGGAAGACGCUGAAACAGUCAUUCUCGGGCUGCACCGUCAUACUUUCCGAGCAUCGUGUGGAACCUCUGCUGGAGUGCCAGUCCUUCCUGAUGAUGUCUGGCAGCUCCAUCAAGACGUACGACAGCAUCCACAAGCUGCUGAACGAGACGAGCCAGCUGAAGCAGGCCAUGAGCCCGUCGGACCGCCUCCGCCUCGGACCCUCGCUGCACCGGCUCAACUCGACCAAGAGGGCGGUGCCGCCGCUCACCAACAUCGCCUCAUUGCCCGAAGAGGCCGAAGACGAUGUGCUCGACACGCGGCUCUAG